AUGCCUCCUGAAUUAAUGGGAUUCAGAUUUUUUAUUGUUCUUCUCUUGCUGCUCACUGGCACAGAGGAGACCCCAGCUGAUCACCUCCCUGAGUCCUCCCUGCUGAAACCCACAGUGCUGAUCACCAUCCUCGCUCGCAACACACAGCACAGCCUCCCUCACUUCCUGGGAUGCAUCGACAGACUGGACUAUCCAAAGGAGCGAAUCGCCAUCUGGGCGGCGUGUGACCACAGUGUGGACAACAGCUCAGCCAUCCUGCAGGAGUGGCUCAGAGGAGGUCAGCACCUGUACCACUCAGUGGAGUGGAGACCAGCAGAACAACCAAGCUCUUACGCAGACGAGCAGGGUCCAAAACACUGGAGUGACUCUCGCUUCGUCCAUGUGAUGAAGUUAAGGCAGUCAGCGCUCAGAGCUGCAAGACGACUGUGGACUGAUUACAUACUGUUUGUGGACAGUGACAACUUGCUGACAAACCGCCGCGUGCUGUCUGACAUGAUGGCGGAGAAUCUAACUGUUGUUGCUCCCAUGUUGGAAUCAAGAAGUCUUUACUCCAACUUCUGGUGUGGCAUGACUCCUCAGGGAUACUACAGACGAACCCCUGAGUACAUUCCCAUCAGUAAGUGGGAGCGGCAGGACUGCUUUGCAGUUCCCAUGGUGCACUCCACCUUCCUGCUGGACUUGAGGCGCAGAGCCAGUCGAGCACUGGCCUUCCACCCUCCUCACCCUGAGUACCCCUAUCAUCUAGACGACAUCAUGGCCUUCGCUUUCUCUGCCAAACAAGCAGGCGUCCAGAUGUAUGUGUGCAACAGGGACCAUUAUGGAUAUUUACCAGUGCCCCUCAAGCAAGACCAGACCCUGGAGGAGGAAGAGGAGAGUUUUAUCCACACGCUGACAGAGGCACUGAUUGACUACACCAUGGAGCCUUCCCAGUACGUUCACACUGCACCUAAAGAACCAGGAAAGAUGGGGUUUGAUGAGAUCUUUCUGAUCAAUCUGAAGCGUCGCUCAGACCGACGGGACAGGAUGUUGAGUUCUCUGGCCGUCCUCGGUAUCAAUGCCACACUGACAGAGGCCGUGGAUGGCAAAUCAUUGAACUCCUCUCAGCUGCAGGCCAUGGGCAUCGACAUGCUGCCUGGGUACAAAGACCCGUACUCAGAGCGUGUGCUGACCAGAGGAGAGAUCGGCUGCUUCCUCAGUCACUACGACAUCUGGAAGCAGGUGGUGCAGCAGAAACUGCAGCGUGUGCUUGUGCUGGAGGAUGAUGUGAGAUUUGAGGCCAGAUUUCGAAGCAGACUGGUUGCCAUUAUGGAGAAUGUGAUGACAGUGGGGCUUGACUGGGACCUGAUUUAUGUGGGUCGUAAGCGGCUGCAAGUGAAGGAGCCAGAGAACUGGGUGAAAGGAGUGAGUAACCUCGUGCACCCUGGUUACUCCUACUGGACUCUGGGUUACGUCCUGUCUCUGCAGGGGGCCCAGAAGCUCUUACAGGCGAAACCUCUGCACAAAAUGCUUCCUGUGGAUGAGUUCCUACCCAUCAUGUUCAACAAACACCCCAAAGAUGAGUACAAGCAGCAUUUUGAGCCGAGGGAGCUGAGAGCGUUUUCAGUGGAGCCUCUCUUGCUCUUCCCCACACACUAUACAGGAGAGCCCGGCUACCUCAGCGACACUGAGACGUCCACCAUCUGGGAUGACGAGGCAGUGGAGACAGACUGGGACAGGGACGUGGCCAAACACAAACGUGAACAGGAAGCUGUGGGUUCUGGGUUUCGACAUGUGGUUCCUCAACCUGCUCGUGGUGGCGGGCGUCCCCUCUCUGCCAGUGGAAACAGAGAUGAAUUCUGACGGAGACUUGACACACGUCAUACAAAGCAAGGCCAGUUGAACAACAAGACGGGACCUGGGGCUGCUGGUCUCAUCUAUCCCUCCCCCUCUCUGUGCAAUGUGUAUAGUUUAAAGAUAAAAUACCAUCUGGUCCCAUUUGGGUAAUUUGAUAAAAAUCAAUCAAAAAAAAUUGUUAAGCUCUUAAGAAUUCCAUUUUAGCACAAGUAUCUUCUUGAGGACCCAACUUAACGUCCUGAUCAUCACUGGACUUUUAAUUGGUGCAUAUUUACAAACUAACCCACAGUCAGGAUUUCCAGCCCAAGACUAGCUGCAAAGACCAAGGACAGUGGCAAACAUUUCAAUAGAUUCUGAAUAUUAUAGAAGUCCAGAAAUACACAUUUUUAUAAUAUCUACAGGUAAGUGCGUCAUCAUAACGCAGCCACCAUUGAAAAAAAGAUUCACAUUAUGACAAGAUAUUUUAAAUAUUGAUCCAUUCGUCCGUCCAUCUGCUGAGAGGCAGCAUCGACGCAAGACAAGUCACCAGCCAAUCACAGGGCAUAUAUACAGAGAUGAACAAGCAUUCACACCUAUCAGGCACAACAUACACACCUACAGGCAAUUUAAUGCUACCAAAUAACCUGACCUGCAUGUAUUGGGACUGUGAGAAGAAGUCAGAGAACCCAGAAAAAACUCGCACAGAAAGACUUCGGCCAGCCGUCAGUGGAAUCGCUAGCUAACAUUGUUAAAAUAGAAACUUUUCACAUUAUUGUAAGAAACCGAGCAACAUGUAACUGUAAGGAAAAAGAGCAGAACCAGCGUCUUUGAGAGACGAGUCUUGAUAAAGACUUAAAUCUAAUACUAAAGUUCUGCCACUUAUCACCAGAGUUAAGAUAGAGCCUGAGGUGCAUC